GGACAUAGUCUUGGCAAAUUUAAGGUCAUACGCAUCAGCAGGCUCAUUGAAUUGCUGUUAAAUACUGGGUAGGUGCAUCUCUCUGUGACUCACAGAUAUCCAGACAGUGAAGACAAAGGGAGUGAAGAUUGCAAUAAUUCCCCUUUGUCUAUUCCAGAUUACUCUCCUAGGUGAGGUAUUGUGUCUUCAAAAGUUCUUUUUCACUUGCAGUGAAAUCCAGUUCUGUUUCAGGACCUCCUGAGCUGAUCCGCCAUGAAAUCUGUCUCUCUCCUCGUUCUCGCUUUUCUCUGUGCCCGCAAAUUGGAUGCAACUGAACUAAACGAUGAAGUUUUAGCUAAAAUUGUCAAUGAUUUCCGCAAGGCCCAGCAGAAAGAUUAUAAACAGUUCUCCUUUCUCCUCGCUUUGAAUCCUAAGCAGUGCAACGCUUACGAGGACAACUUGUACAUCAAUGCUAACAUCAGCAGUGGGAAGCCACACAUCGAUAAAUCUCCAAACAGCUUUACUGCGCCGCUGAAUUACAUUGCAGUUUACCCAGAUCCAGGCAAAAUUUGUUCCGAAUAUAAGAUAUUGUUCAUGAAACGUGAAAACCAGCGCGUGGCAGUGUGGUUUGCAAAUAAUGUCCAGUCUUUGAAAAACGGAGGGUGUGUAAUAUUCUACACCGAAAACACUCCGUGCACCAAGAAAUGUUUCAGUGGAAAACAUUUUAAAGACAUUACUGAGCCUCUCCUGGACCAUCCAUUUGACACUUGGAGAACCGAUAAUAAUACCACGAUUCACAAAUACUUUGUUUAUGGGCAAGUGUACAGGUGCGAUCAGGGAAACAAGCCAAGAAUCAUUCACCAUUUCAGGUGUUUAGAUGAAUUUGAAAUCGACCCCGCAGGUAGCUUCCUCUUCCGAAAAUGUAGCGAGAAUAAACUGAGCUGUCGCCGAUGUGAUAAAAAUAAUGAUUAUUGUGUAAACCUUGAAAUAAAAGAAAAAAGCCCUGUUUCGCCUUGAACGUUCCCAUUCCCCCUCGAUCGUGUACGUUUUCCUGCUCUGCACUUAUUCUGGUUACCGUUCACUCCUUGUAUAGUCCUGAUUUUCUUUACUGUGUCAUUAUCCAUCACUGUCCACGCCACAUUUUCAUACGACACAGACUCUCCUACAUCAUCCAUUCUGCUACUCGAUAUAUUCUCCUGUCUCUGGACAUGCCGUUCUCUCUUGUGCAUUCCAUACAAUCCUGAGAAGAUCCACGCAGUACACUCACCCCACGCUGAUACUUGCCAAACUUGCUCAAUACCUCGCCCAUAGAGGAUUCUCCCGUUACACAGAAUUCUCCACUCUUGAUUAUCGAACAGACCGUCCACCUAUCCUCACACACUCCUAUCUCGUAAGCUGUUCAUCCAUGCUCACCCCUCAGCCACUCUUCUCAUCCACGGACUCUGCUCCAGUACAGUCCCUAUCACAUGGAAUCCUCUACAGUACAUCCCAAAACCAUUCAAUCAGUGCACACUACUGGACUCCCUGUUCCAUUCCAUCCUCUCUUUCAAACUGUCAUACAUUCUCAUUCAAAAAAUAUUGAUCAAAAUCACUUUCCACCUGCACACAUCCCCUCCAGGUCACUCCCAAUGCACAGUCCAUUCCAUUACACUAUCUGAAUACACAUUCCUUCCGUACAGUCAUUUUCAUGUGAUUUCUAUUCUCACACACGAGACCUUUACUUUUAGAAUUCUGCCUCCUGUACAUUUUCCCUGUACUCGGACAUUGCCACUUUCCAUUCAUCUCCACAAGAAUCUCAGUCCCUCUAUCCAGAGACUCUUCUCCUUAAUCUGCAUUCCAAUUGCCUGCAAUGUACAACUUGGCUGACACAAACGAGUAAACGCUAAUCCUUAAGUCGCCGAACUAUAUUGCUGGAAGUUGCCGUCGGUUUUUGAAAAAUGCAAUCCAUUUAAAUGAGAAAGAAGCAACAGUUGAGCUCAGUAGGAUUUUUUUUUUUUUGCAUUAUUCGCUGCUUCGCAAUAAACCUUCAGUUGCAAA